AUGGUUACACACAAUAACCUCACCCACGCUUCAAACUCAGAGCCAAUUGCUCAUGAGGAGCCUGCUACCUUGAAUCCGUCGACACCACGAGGCAAGCUCGCAAAACGCGAUGACACAGGAGCUCUGGAAAUCAGGGACAGUGCCGGGAAGUCUGUACUUGAGUACUUGAAUUUCUUUACCGGUGAAGGAAUCAAAGGCUUGCUUCGAACAUCAGGAAUCAUGUCUGACGGAUUUAAGUUGUUACAGGAUGUCGCCAAAUCUCUCCCGACUCCAACACUCAUCAGCACGCAUAAGCUCGGCAAAGACAUGAAAGACCUCAAUCCAACCCAGAACUCUCUAGCCUACUUUCUUCAGACCACCAGUGGGAUCAGUAACGAGGUUUUCUACCACGCUGGCGCGGUCGGUUGUGAUGUCGACGACAGUGAGCUUCUUAAAGUGCAAACCAUCAACUUCAGGCUCGCAAAGAACAAGGGUCUCUGUGAGAAAGACCUUAAGUUUAUGAAGAUCUUGCAAGACUUGAUGAACGGCCACGAUGUGCUAGCUCAUGUCGAACCCUUAGCUCUGAAGCACGUUACCGUCCGUAUUCUUCACGAUGUUCGGAUCGAAUGUCAAGGCUUGCAAACGAUUUUGAGACGUCUCGCUCCACACGGCGUGGCCGGCCAGGCUUUCGGCAAGGAUUCACUCGAAGUACUGGAUUGGUUAGCAAAUGUCCAAAAAGCAAAAGAGCUGCACAGGAGUGAUAAACAACGGAAAGCUAGGCCCCUCAACUGCGUUCUGGAAACAGCUGAUCAAUUCACAGAAGAGGCCAUUCCCCGGGCUGACCACUUGGUCACUAAUGACCUGAAUCCGGGACUCUAUGAAACAUCGCAAGCAUUACGUCGCUUGUGGAAUAAUAGAGAAAGCAAACAGGUUGAAGAUGAGAUUCGUGAGUUCUUGGAAUUGACAGGUAGCCGCCGAACAUUCUUGGAUCUCAAGACGAAAAAGCUGAGUCAGUGCUUCUACUCCAUUCUCAAGAUCAUUGCCGAUCCCUUGCUCAAUCUCGACAUCAUCUCCGGGUUCUUGCCAAAAUAUCGCUGUAAGCAUAUUUUGAGGAAAAUCAACAUCAAGCUUCGUCCCCUUGCAGCCCCCUGCAGCCCCGUAGUCCCUACCAUACAGGGACCUAUGUUGAGACUAAAGCACUGUGAAAUGCAGGUUCUUGACUACUACUUACUCCGGAAGCGGCCGGAAGACGAGGCUCGAGCAAUAACUUCACGUAUAGACUUAUUCAAGCAGCAUUUGAACGGGUUCACCGGGGUUCUUAAAGUUUGGCAAGAGUUGUCGGAGGCGGAACUUGAGUGCCAGAAGACCAAGUGGGCGACUGGGCGUUCGAAGCCUGGGAAAUCCCUUGCACGAUAG